AUGAGAUUCAAGCGCUCUUUGAUUAUUUUUGUACUUGCAGCAGAACUUUCAGUAAUGCUGCUCAGUUCGAUAUUCAUAUUUAGGAAAAUGCCAAAUACAGAGUUUAUCAAAGAAUACGGUCUCAUAAAUGAAUCCCGAUUCAAUACACCCUUUAAAAUACCAAAUAAUGAAAUCAAUAACUACGCAAGAGAGAAAAUUAAAGUAGCUUUUGAUGAAUAUUGGUCACAUUGUCGUUACAGUGAUUAUUAUAAACCAUUUUCAGGAACAUGUUCAAAUAGUUCUGGCCUUUCAUUAUCAUUAUUUGGCUUCUUAGAUGCACUAUAUUUAGCAAACCUUACAUACGAAUACAAUUUAGCUUCAAAUUUUGUAUUGAAUAAAGUACGACCAUCACAAAGCGAUUUCAUAAGUACAUAUGAAUUAGGAACAACAGUUAUUGGUUCCUUACUUGGUAUUUAUGGAAUUUCGGGUGAAGAUUUGUUUUUGCAAAAAGCAAUUGAAUUUGCUGAUCUUCUACUCACAAGUUUUACAGGACCCAUUCCACAUCCAUUUGUCGAUGGUAUUAAGAGAAAACCAAUAGGAUUCGGAUUUACAGAAGGAACUUUUUUAGGCGAAUCUAGCGGUUUCUUGCUAGAAUUCGCAGUUCUUGCUAUGCUUACAAAAUAUGAGAGAUAUGAAAAGCCCAUUUAUAAUUUCAUCCAAUGUGUUACAAAUUAUUCUAAAAAUAUUAGUUACGGUAUAUGGUCAACUGAAGAAUGCAAGCCAUUAAUAAGAUCGAAUCAGUAUACACAGCUCACAGCUUCAUUUUAUAUUAAUUUCUUGAAGAUAAGUGGCUUUUUCAAACCAAAUAUCACACAAAAAAUAAUUGACCAAUUAUAUGAUACACUGAAUGACAUCCAAUUCGGAGCCAGAGGAAAUGAGGAUAAUAAGUUUGUUUAUUAUUCUGAAUCUUUAUGCGAAAUUUUAGGUCUUAAGAUUGAAAACUUCGACGUUAAACGUUUAUUUGCCAUGGAAAGAAUGUGUUCUCACAUGAGGGAACAAAGUCUCCCUGCUUCAUUUAUGGGAAAAGAAGCAGUUUUUAAUUUUGACUCUACCAUGAUAGCAGAAGAUUUCAAUCGAUCAAUUUCUCUCGAGCAGGUGAAGAAGCUUGAAUGCGGUAAUGUGAUUUGCUCAUCAUCUUCCAUCUCCAAUAGAUAUUUAGAUGAUUUGAUGCCAAGUAAAGGAAUUUCAAAAUGGUUGAAGUUUUUGUUACUUCGAAAUGUAACUGAUUCAGGAUACUCUUUUGUUAUGAAUGAUGCUGGUUUUCUUCUACCAGUUACUCAUGAAUAUUUGUUUAACUUAUAA